AUGCCAUCUACGGGGAACGUGGAGGGUGGUACGGGGAACGUGGAGGGUGGUACGGGGAACGUGGAGGGUGGUACGGGGAACGUGGAGGGUGGUACGGGGAACGUGGAGGGUGGUACGGGGAACGUGGAGGGUGGUACGGGGAACGUGGAGGGUGGUACGGGGAACGUGGAGGGUGGUACGGGGAACGUGGAGGGUGGUACGGGGAACGUGGAGGGUGGUACGGGGAACGUGGAGGGUGGUACGGGGAACGUGGAGGGUGGUACGGGGAACGUGGAGGGUGGUACGGGGAACGUGGAGGGUGGUACGGGGAACGUGGAGGGUGGUACGGGGAACGUGGAGGGUGGUACGGGGAACGUGGAGGGUGGUACGGGGAACGUGGAGGGUGGUACGGGGAACGUGGAGGGUGGUACGGGGAACGUGGAGGGUGGUACGGGGAACGUGGAGGGUGGUACGGGGAACGUGGAGGGUGGUACGGGGAACGUGGAGGGUGGUACGGGGAACGUGGAGGGUGGUACGGGGAACGUGGAGGGUGGUACGGGGAACGUGGAGGGUGGUACGGGGAACGUGGACUACUCUCCUCCUUCCCGCCCCAUCUGUGUCUGCAACGCGACUUCGUAA